UUGCAACUUGUUGCAAGAUCUAAAUAAUAAUAUUUAAUUAAAUAAAAAUCUAUGAGUGUAAUGUAUGUUCCUAUUUACAACAGACUUUGUAUCAACGCAAUUCGAGAUGCUCCCAUAGCAAUCAGUUUCAUCUUCUCAUUUCACUCAAUCUAAAGAUCGCGAAUUUUUCAUACUUAAUUUCUUCCAAUACGAAAAAGAGAGUAAGCAAUGUCAGAGGCUAAUAAUGUUGAGGAUGUGAAGAAACAAGAACUUCAUGAGGAUUCUUCUAAGAAUGAAGUUCACAGUGAUAAUUCUGGGGAUGAUCUCAAACUGUCUGAUCAAGAUACAAAUAAUGAAAAUGAAAACUCCAUGCCCUCAUCUGAACAGGAGGAAGACUCUAUCAAGAAAAAGUAUGGAGGGAGAUUACCAAAGAAGCCUCCACUAAUAUCCAAGGAUCAUGAACGUGCUUAUUUUGAUUCUGCUGAUUGGGCUUUGGGAAAGCAAGGAGCAGAAAAGCCUAAAGGACCACUUGAAGCACUCCGUCCGAAGUUGCAGCCAACACAGCAGCAGGCCCGGUCAAGGCGCUCAGCCUAUGCUCCUGCAGAUGGUUCUGAAGUUGAUGGUGAUAAUGCAUCAUUAGAGGAUCCUACUGAAGAUGUUGGCAGUGAUCAAAGUGAUGCUGCUCAAAACCAAAGCUGUCAUUAGUAGCUACGGGUUUGAGCUAUAAAUUGCAUUUUGACAAUGUGGUGCUUUCUUCUUUGAAAUUACAAGCAAAUGAUGAUGCAUGUUAGAGAUGGUUGUGCUAAUAACUAGAAAUAGGAAUUUUGAAGCGGUUGUAACCAUGAAUUUCAUGAUGUGCUAGGAUUGCACAGUGAGAGGUCUUGAACUAUCAUUUGGUGUCACUAUUGUGCCAAUUGUAACAUUUGAUGUCUUACAAAAUAUAAUCAUCUAUAAUAAGAUUGGAUACUUAACAGUAAUAUGUUGGCAAUCAAUCAGUAUAUGUUAUUUUGGUC